GAUGAGAAGAUUCGAAAAUACGAUUAUUUUGAAUUGAGAAUUUCGUAACUGUGACGAUAUCGUGAUAUUAUUUUGUCGUAUUUUUCGAAUAUUCAACAAUGUAAAAUAUGUCACGGUCCAAAGUAGAGAUUGAUAACUUUAUUAUUUCUUUCAGAAGAAAAGCAAAAAGCGAACAAGAGAUUCAACUACGUGGAUUCCAAUUUGCCACAUUUUACUGGGAAGCUAGGGAGUAUGUUCUUGGUAUAAAAUGGGCACAGAGCUACCUAGCAGUAAAGCACAAUGAUAACAGAGCUCAUAAGUUACUUGGCAACUUGUAUGAGGGGGUGAAGGAUUAUGGCAAAGCAAUUGAUUGUUACAAGAAAUCAUUGGAGUUAAAUGACACUCAAAGAGAAUUGAUACUAAGAAUUGCAUCUCUUGGUUGUACCAUUCCAAAUUAUGAUGUUGAAAAGUUGCGAUAUUGGGUUGAGAGGGCAGAACGAUUCUAUCCCACUCACAUCAAUGUUCAUAAAAUUAAGGAAAACAUUUUCCGACGAUCAGGAAAAUUGCCAGAUUAUGAAAUCUAUCUUCGAAACAAACUGGCGCAAAGGAAGGGUGACUACUACCUCAACUGUAAGCUAGUGAAGCUCCUGAUAGAGAUGAAAAGACUACGAGAAGCAGUCGACCACAUUCUGCUGACACAAGACCUGGAGUCUGUUGCAGACCAGCCAAUCUGGUGGGAGAGCACAGUACAAACCCUGGAGAUUUACAUAAAGAGCAUCAGGCAAGGAGAAGAGAAAACUUCUGGUGAGGAGACUAUCAUGGAGAUGCAUAGUCACCUGUUGAUGGCACUUUGCAAGUGGAUCAUGCUUAGCUUAGCUAUGAUGGAUAAACCUCCCCACAAUGCAGUAGUUCUUCUGAAGGGGCUUGACCAGUGCCUGUUGAGGGCCAACAGCCUCAAAAUGAAUUCUAACUGGGACUAUGUCCUUAACGAGAUGGCAAGCCAACUUUACUACUUGAUGGGCCUUCAUCUGUGCCGCAUGGCUGCUAUGGCUUCUUUUCGAUGGGCAGACAUUAUUGUCUUAGUAACAUGUUGCUUUGUCCAGAGUGCUCAUGUUAAGUUGCCAGACAUGUCUGGACGGUCAGAGUAUGAAACCAAAAAAUGGACAUUGCUAUCAAGCGCUAGGCUAAGUGAAGUCACCCAUAUGUUACAUGCAUUCCAAAAACAGUAUGGUCCAGAUUGGCUGGAGAAAUGCCACAGGGCCACCGCCAACCUACAGAGCCAGACACAGCUGUUCCAUGUUGCCUUCGGUCAAGAAGCCGACCCAAACAAAUCAUAUUUUAUGACAAACACAAAUUUUGUGAAGGUACAGGAGAUCAUCCUGGAUGACCUCGUAGGAGUAGUCCUCAAAUACGAUCAAGAUGCUGUGUUAGCUCAACCACACAAUCUUCAGCUACUGGUAUGGUUAGGCCUUCAGUGGGAUGUCAGGAAAGAUGGGAUUUCACCUGACCUAGGAACCUUCAUCGAAACAUCAUUUGAUAAACUUCAUUAUUCAUCCAAUAACUUAAAGAUAACAAGUGUUGAUAACCUAAGACUUCUGGAUAUUGAGGCAUUCUUGUACCUUCUUGUGAAAGCUGCUAAGGCAAAAAAUGAGAGUUUGCGGGCAGAUGGCCGAAUGGACAAAAACCAACCAGUUAUCUUACCGGUGCCUCUCUGUCAGAUGUUGUUCACGGAGGAACAAGAGAAAUGGUUUAAGUCUGUGUGUGCAUUGUAUAGUGGAAAUGCCAAGUCAGAAGAGCGAGCAAAGAUGCGUCUUUCCAUCCAAAAAGGUUUAGAAGCGAUACGCAAUGCCGAUCAAUUUAACAUCGACACCCCCCUGCUGAUUCAUCUUGCACGAACAUUUAGAGCCAGAAUGCUUGAAGAAAAGAAAGAAAAUGAUGUUCCUGGCAACGAACAGUUUCUGGCAUGUCAGCGACUUAGCGUACAUUAUUGGCAAGCCGCCAGUGAACAUCUUAAGCUGUUAGCCAGUGAUAAAGCAUUGUCUCCGCCUAAGCAUACAUUCUUUGUUGCCUCACCAGACAAGAUAAAGAAGGAAGACAUGACUUCACUACAAGAGGAAGCAGCAGUUGCGCUUGCGGAGUACGAGUUCCAGCAAGGGCACCACCAACAGGCACUCAAUCUCCUCAGUAAAGUUAAAGGCGUAACAGGUCUAUUCACUAAAGCGCUGAUGUGUAAACAGCUGUGCCACAUGGAGGUUGAAGGGAAAGAUGACAGUGAAAUAACAGCAGAUAUGAUUCUAGCACAGGGUAACUACUUAGACCAGUGUACAUACUCCCUUUACUCAGCGAUGGAUACUAUACAGGACGACCACAAUAAUUCGAUGCAUGAGGAAAUACAAAGUUUGCUGGAUGAUGUCGAUGUUGAAAAGCAACAGCUUGCACGUAAGGGUGUUGAAGAUGGUGAAAGCAUUGACACGUCUUGCAGAUUUGCCAACGGCACUAAUGCUAGGUCUUCUGUCGGUAGAAUUUCUGUAUCAUCGAGAACCUCGAUGGAUGGCAGGAGUAUUCUACAUUCUGCUGGUGACAUGUCUUCCUUUCAACAGGGUUUGAGCCCGGAUCCCAGCCCACGUCGACUCAUGUCCGAGCUGCGGUCAAUGAAUGUAAGUCAGACACGUCUCAUGGACGAAAACUCACAGCUACGUACGCUCGCAUUGUCUCAUAGCCGUCUUCUUGAACAGAACAGCGAGAUUCUGUCGAAACACAAUGAAGUCAUGGAACAAAAUAAGUUCCUAAUGGAACAAAUUAUUAACUUGAACAAAGAGAUGCAGGAGUUGAAACUUAAUGUUCCACCCCCGCCACAUUUAGCCACACCCCAUGUACCCUCGGCCUCCUCGCGUGCAAAUGAAUCAAGCACCAUCAAUACUGAUAAUACUAUUGUGAUCAAUGCUAACAACUGUCGAAUCGAAAAAGCAGAGGCUCCCAACCUAACAACUCCUCAACCUGUUAUGUAUUACCCUACUCAUCCAACAGUGUUCCCCCCACAACUUAUACCUAGUUUCAACCUCACCGGAUUCCCAAUUCCUGGAAUGGCAGGCGCUGAGCAGCCAUGCAUGCCCUCCAUGAUGACCUCAACACCUGGUCAGCGUUAUCAUGGAGAAGAUGCGUACGAAGCAGAAAGUGAUAUUUAUGGCAUAGAUCCUCACAGUACAAUACCAUCACUGAAGUUACGAGAAGGCCAAGUAUUCUCCACACCAACGCAGGUUAUAGGACAGUCUAGAACCCCUGAAAUCGGUACCCCGUCUGAUGCAGUACACAAUGAUGAAGGAUUUGCAAGGUUCUCCGGACUUAAUACCAUACAUCCGAAGACAUUCACAGGCACUCCAGUUAUGCCUGGAGAAAAUCUAGCUGGUAUUAAAACAUUCAACUAUCAACCAAAAUUGAAUCUACAAUCAGUGUCUUCACCAGUUGCACCAUCUUUGAGUAAGAGCGAACCUGCACCCGAGAAGUCUGCCAGCGAUGCUCCGUUGUUACGUCAAAUAUUGAUUGGGUCAGAAGAUAGCGCAGAACAGCCUUCUCCACAGACCUUUUCUGGUUUCCCAUCUCUUUCUUCCACCUCAAGAUUUAACCAUGGUGGAGGUGACAAGUUAUCUGAAAGAGCUGCUGUUUCGCCUAAUUUCACAAGUGGAACACGACUUGAAUCUGCAAAAGCAAAAGAAGCCGAGCAGACCCCAACCAGUGUCGCUGGUUCCUCUUUCGGGAGCAAACCUGAAGCUAGUUUUAACCCGGCGCCAGCACCCUCUGGUUUUACUGGCUUUUCGUUUGGUGGAGGUAGUAACUUCACUCCUGUGUCCAGUCAGCCAGUUUCAACUAGUUCAAACGUGUUCAAUAAACCAAGUUCCACCUUAUUCAGCCAACCACAAUCUACAUUUGGUUCACAGUCAACAGCCUCACCAGUUAGUGGGCCAUUUAGUCAGACAGCAACUGGUGCAUUUAAAGGUCUCAACUUCACUGCACAAAAAGAACCUAUCAGCACCUCGCCAUUUGCAGGGUUUAGUUUUACCACUCAAAAGACACCAGUAGCAGUAGCACCUCAACCAAGUAAACCAGGCCAAAGCCCAUUACUUGCUGGUCAGGAAGCUGCAGUUGACAGUUCAGCCAUACAAACUAAAGAUGAAUCAGGUUCUGAUAAUGAAUCCGAUGAUGAUGUGAUAGUUGUCUAUGAAAGAAAACCAACUCCAGCGCAGAUCGCAAUGGCUCUUAAAUUGAGACUCCCGCCAACAUUUUAUCUUUAUGAAUACAAAGAGCCGUGUCCAGGUUGUAUUGGAUGUUAUGACAUUGAUAUUGCCGAGUUGUUUAAUAAGGAGAAUAGGUUCAGCACGGAUGAUCAGAGGGAGAACAGCACAAAGGCAAAGGAAGAAAGUGUCCAACCAAGCCAAGAAACACUCUCUACAGCGCCAUUGAUGUUUGGCGGUUCAAAUGCUAGUAGUGUGACCUUUGCUUCCAUAUCCGCUGAAACUAACAGUACUCCAGACUUUAUGAAGCAAAAAACUUUUCAGAGCUUUUCCUGGUCAAGUGCCGGUACACAACUGUUUACCUCACCUGGUGGUGCUGACACUGAGUAUGACCCGCAUUACGAACCGAUCGUAACCUUACCGGAGGUCACUGAUAUAAAGACUGGUGAAGAAGACGAGACCUGUCUGUGGAAGGAACGUGGAAAGCUUUAUCGCUUCAACAAAGAAUUGAACCAGUGGAAAGAACGUGGAGUUGGCGACAUUAAGUUCAUGCAAAACAAGAACACCGGUAGGAUACGUAUCCUAAUGAGGAGGGAACAGGUGUUGAAAGUAUGCGCUAAUCACGUGAUCACACCGGACAUUGAGUUAAAGAUGAUGCAGUCGUCAGACCGUGCAUGGGUCUGGAAUGCGCUGGAUUUCUCCGAAGGAAAAGCAAGUAGGGAACAGUUGGCCAUUAGAUUCAAGAAACCUGAAGUGGCAUCCGAGUUUAAAAAUAAAUUUGAGGAAUGUAAACAACUUGCUAUAGAAACAGAGAAAACGGGAUCAGUAAAGAAGGUGGAGGAGAAAAAAGAGGAAACAGAAGUGAAGAAAUCACCAGGCAUUCAACGAUCGCCCGGUCUCAUGAAAUCACCAAGUCUGGAUAAAUCAGGAGAUGAUUCUUAUUACAAAGAUGAUGAUUAUGAUGGCUUGCAUUUUGAGCCAGUUGUUCACCUUGAUCCGGUUGAGCUGACAACUGGAGAGGAGAAUGAGGAUGUGAUGUUCUGCCAUCGAGCCAAGUUGUACCGGUUUAACAAGGAAUCCAAUGAGUGGAAGGAGCGUGGCAUGGGUGAUAUCAAAAUAAUGAAGCACAAAGAAACCGGACUCUACCGUAUAUUAAUGAGACGAGAACAGGUUCUUAAGUUAUGUGCAAACCACUUCAUUCAACCAGAGAUGGAUCUGCGUCCUAAUUCAGGUUCUGAUCGUUCUUGGGUGUGGACAGCAAUGGAUGCUUCUGAUGAUGGAAACGUCAAACCAGAAUUACUGGCAGUUCGCUUUAAGACUUCAGAUGUUGCUGCUGCAUUUAAAGAAGCUUUUGAGAAUGCUAAGGAAGCUGUCAUAAAGAUUAAAGGUAGCAAUCAAGCUAAGCCAACAGAGAAAAAAAUAGAGGAUAAAUCAAAAGAAGUGAAGAACGAAGACACAGAAGAAAUCAAAACUGAUCAAGUUGAAAAGAAAAGUACAGAAGAGAAGGGAGAUACUCAAGUAGAGGAGAAAGAUAAUGAGGAGGAAGAUGACGAUGAUGACGACGAUAAUGAGGAGAAUGAUGAAGAGGAGGAAGAGGAACAAAAUGAAGAGGAAGAUAAAGAAGAGAAAGAAGCUGAAGUUAAAGAGGAAUAUAAAGAGGAUGAAGAAAAUAAAGUGGAGGAUGAAGAAGACGAUAAAGUGGAGGAGGAAGAAGGUGAUAAAGUGGUGGAGGAAGAAGGCGAUAAAGUGGAGGAGGAAGAAGAAAAUAAAGUGGAGGAGGAAGAAGACGAUAAAGUGGUGGAGGAAGAAGGCGAUAAAGUGGAGGAGGAAGAAGAAAAUAAAGUGGAGGAGGACGAAGACGAUAAAGUGGUGGAGGAAGAAGGCAAUGAAGUGGAGGAGAAGGAAGAUGAUAAAGUGGAAGAGGAAGAUGAUAAAUUGGAAGAGGAAGAUGAUAAAGUGGAAGAGGAAGAUGAUGAAGUGGAAGAGGAAGAUGAUGAAGAGGAAGAUGAUAAAGUGGAGGAGGCAGAAGACAAUAAAGUGGAGGAGGCAGAAGACAAUAAAGUGGAGGAGGCGGAAGACAAAAAAGCGGAGGAUGAAGACAAAAAAGCGGAGGAUGAAGACAAGGACAAGACACAAACUGACAGUGCAGUUACUUCUGCACCAACAUUCAGCUUUGGACAAAGUUUUGCUGCAGCAGUGAGAAAAACAAUGAGUGAAGGUUAUUACCCAGAGGAAGAACUGCAGUUUAAGCCAGUUGUCACACUAAAAGAAAUUGAAGUUAAAACUGCGUGCGAAACUGUACCACUGGAAUCGUGA